AUGAACAGUGUCAUUUUCUUUAAAAGACAACUUUCUAUUUUCCUUUCUAUGUUUUAUUUAAUUUCAACUUAGAGAAUGCCUUGAUUUGUCAAUUAUUAAUUCAUGUCAAUUCAUAUUUCAAAUAUUGUUCAUUGAAAACCUAAAGGAAUAGCAUUGUUUUUGAUUUCUUUCAGAUUGAAGACAUCAAAUCGUCUAUUUCUUGAAGUGAGAAAUUGAAUUGAUUUCCAUUCUUAUAAAUCAAAAACUUAAGCUAUCUGGUUGAUAUUCGAAGGACUGCACUGGGAUUUCGAGCUAUAAUGACCACAUCCAUGAAAAUUUGCAUAGCUUUUGAAACAUCAAAUACUAAAGCGAAGAAAAAUAUAUUCAAGUUCAAAUGGAUUCAGACUACAGGAACGGAAACAUAUUAUGAGAUUCCAGAAGACAAACAGAAUCCACAUGACCAUCAUGAACUUUUUGCUCUACCGAAGGUGAAAAAUAUCUUGAAAUCAAUGAAAACAAGAGGUUCAUUUCGUACGUGUGUUAUUUCAUUGACUCCGGAAUUGAAAGGAAUAUAUUUUGAUGCCGAAGAAGAUGUGCUGUUUAGAGAUGAGUAUUUACAAAUGACUUAUUCACCUGCAUACGUGAAAACAGAAUUUGGAGGAGAACUAGCAGAAUCACGAAAUACAACAGAACUGUCCUCAGGCAAGACCAAGGAGAAUAAAAAGGAUUUCAAGAAGAUAAAGGACAAUUUUGUGCUGAAUAAUUUUGAUGGGAAGAAUGUUUCGUGA